AUGGCUCCUUCAAACUCCCUACAAUCGCUUUGGACCCGAGUUGCUGACGUUGUUGACUUGACAGGUGGCAAGGGUACCCCCCGCCGCAAGGUCAAGAAGGUCACCCGCAACUCCGGUGCCGAUGACAAGAAGCUCCAGGCUACCCUUAAGAAGAUGAACGUCCAGCCCAUCCAGGGAAUUGAGGAGGUCAACAUGUUCAAGGAGGACGGCAACGUCAUCCACUUCGCCAACCCCCGCGUCCACGCUUCCGUCCCCUCCAACACCUUCGCUCUCUACGGUAACGGCGAGGAGAAGGAGCUCACCGAGCUCGUCCCCGGUAUCCUGAACCAGCUGGGUCCCGACUCCCUUGCCUCCCUCCGCAAGCUCGCUGAGAGCUACCAGAACAUGCAGAAGGCUCAGGGUGGUGACAAGAACGACGACGAGGAUGAUAUCCCCGAGCUUGUUGAGGGCGAGAACUUCGAGAGCAAGGCCGAAUAA